AUGAGUUUAUUAGCGCUUAUUGACGUCGUGCAGAUGGAUCAGUUGGCAAGUAAUCCUCCAGCAAGUGAACCAUACGAAGUCGCCAAGGCAGCCAAUACUCCCGAAUUCCUAAAUUUGGCUACAGACAAUCAACGCAAGGAGUACAUCGAAUUGGAAAGUAAUAUGAAUGUACCCGUGGGAACGUUGAGGAAAGCGCAGGAUACUUGGGCAUUGAAAAUUGGAGACCCAGUUCUGAGUGCUUAUGGCCAACAUGUAGCUACCGAAGAUGCCGCCAAAGCAGCUGAAACUGCUCGCAUGGACAAAGCAGUGGAGAGCCUAUCGCAGGCAGCUCAAGAAGCGGAUAAGAUUAUUCGAGGCCAAAAAGAAAUUAACGCCAUGGUAGCGGAACAAAUGGAACAGCUACCAAAGAAGGUCAUCAACGAACUCACUGUGGCUCGAUUGCAAUGCUAUUCGAAUACUUUGUCGAACUGUCAUGUGUUGCUAUGCAGCUUG